AUGAAGGCUUUCAAACACUUCCCCAUGUACCUGGAUAAAUAUCCAGCCCCCAAAUCCCAGUUUUCUGUGUUUGUAUCCGGAAGUAAGCUAUGGGAGGUACCCACUGCACCCUUCACCCCGCCAUCCAGUCAGAGUGCCAGGCUCAUGUGGGAACCUCAGUGCCACUCUCAGCUGAGCUUCCUCCGGCACAGGGCCAGGGUCACAGCUGCCAUCCCCCCAAACCUGGACGGCACCUGGGUCUCCACCAGAUGUGAGGUUCGCCCUGGUCCUGAGUUCCUCAUGCGUUCCUACACCUUCCUCUCCAGUCCCACACGCCUCUUCAAGGCUCUCCAGCACUACUACGCCGACAGUGGAUGCCAGGUGCCCACGUACUCUCUGGUGAUCCGGGGAAAGCUACGCCUUCGGCAGGCAUCCUGGAUUACGCGCGGGGCCACAGAGGCCGAGCAUCACCUACACAAGGUGGGCAUCGUGGUCCACAGCAUGGGGGCAGCGCGUCAUCUGUCGACUGACUUACCCUCGUCGUGCCUCGGCCUGCCUGUGCGUUACCUUGUUCCUCACCAGCUUUACGAGCUAUUCAAUGCAAAGACAGACAGAGACUGCCUGGCUGCACUGGGCUUCUCUAUGAUGGAGCUUGAUCUCCUGAGGGUGGAGACGCAGCACCAUCCUGAUGGAGGGCAGGUCCAGGAACUUUUUCUGGGUGAUGUUCACACAGACUGGAGCCAGAGGACCCAUUACAGACCUACAGAAUAUCAGGAACCUCUGCAAAACUCUAUGUACCAUAUCCAUCCCUGCCCUGUUUGUGCCCGAGUGUACCGUGCCACAGAGCUGCGUCCCCCCUCCCUGCCCCCCUCCCCUGUUCUGCCCCUGGUUCUGGAUGGACGCUGGGUGAGCCAGCGGUGUGAGGCCAGACCCGCUGUUCUCUUCCUCACGCGGGAGUUUGUCUUCUCUGAGGAACAGCAUGUGUGGGAGGGCAUGUACCGGCACUACUCAGACCCUGUCUGUCUUCAGCCCACAUUCACCAUCCACGCCUCAGGUCACUAUGUCCAGAGCGGGCCCUCGUCCAGGCUGCGUGGGGCCACAGAGCUUGUCUUUAAGGUGAUGCGUGCCAGCGUGACCGUCCACAACAGGCCGACGGCCCGUCUGCUCAAUUCCUCACGGGAACAGAGCUGUGGACAGAGUGGAGGUUGGGAGGUGGGUGUGGAGCAGGAUGUGACGUGGACGGGUGGAUGUAGCAUGUUGGGGAUCAGGCUGCCACACAAAGAGUAUGAACUGUUUAAGAUGGAGCAGGACCAUAAGCAGCGCCCCCUGCUGUUCAUCGGGGAGAGGCCCACAGACGGUUCUAGUCCAGACAGACCCCAGAAGAGACCCACGUCCUAUCAGGCUCCUUUAGUGCAGUGCAGUUUGGAGACUCCACGACUGAGUCAACACAGCGCCCCCUCAGCCCACCCAGCCAGCGGCAGUGCAGGAUCACUCCACCCAGUCUGCGCACUGCUACUGCUCUCUGUACUAAACAUCAUAUGUUAG